UGAAACGGUUCGAGUUGUGCGCCAUAAAAUUUGCGAAAAUUCACAUCCAAACACCAACAAUUAUUCAUACAAUUCAUAAAAAGCAAUACAAAUAUAUAACAAAACAUUUUUACUUUUUAUAUCUUUUGUUAAACCGUCUUUAAAGAAAAUUCUAAGCAAAAACAGUUGAAAAAUCGUUCUGGUUCAAAAUCAUAUAUUUAAUACCAUAUUCGGUUCAAGAACAAAAUCUCCAUAAAAUGGCACAAAUUCGACCAUUGGCACCUGAAUUGGCUGCGGUCGCCGCCACCGAACUCAACGAAGUGGAAUCACGUAUUGCCGGCGACAUUGUCGAACUGCGUCAGUGGAUUGAAGAUCAGCCAUAUUUGACAGCGCGCACCGAUGAUCAAUUCCUUGUGGGUUUCCUGCGUUUUUGCAAAUACAAUAUGGAUGAUGCAAAGAAACGCAUCGAUUACUAUUACACAUACAAAACGACAGCCGGCGAUUUGCUGAAGAGUCGAUGCCUUGACGAUAAAGUUUACGGUAUCUGCCGUGCGGGCAUAUUCGCUACACUUCCGAAGCCAGCAGGUCCUGGCGGUCCACGCAUACACUUCACACGUAUGGGCCAAAUUGAUACUUCUCUUUAUACGGCCAAAGAUAUCUUCCGUUAUAUAAUGUUCCGUUCCGAAAUUGAGGCCAACACCGAUGAUAAUUGGAUUAUUAGCGGUGUACUUGAGAUAAUCGAUUUCUCCAAAAUCCCAUAUGCGUUGUUACGUCAAUUCGAACCGAAUUUAUUCAAAAAGAUGGCCGCAUUCUUAGAAUAUGGCGUGCCUACUAAUCUCGUGGGUACACACAUCGUAAAUGCUUCCAUGGAUGCCCUAAUCAUUUUAAAUUUAGUGCGCUUAGUUAUGAAACAAAAGGAAUUGCUCCACAUACAUUCAACGCUGGAGUCUCUACAAAAAGCCAUUGGAAAGGAGUACCUACCCGUCGAAUAUGGUGGCAGUAAUGGUAGCUACGAUGAAGCCAUGGCAAAUUACGAACAACAGCUCAAUGAAUACAGCGACUAUUUCAAUGAGGAUGAAAAGUAUGGAGUCGAUGAGAAAUUGCGACAAAGUGAGUCUACAGUAGGAGCCAAUAAGACGCCGCCCUCACCAGCAUCGCCGCCAUCGCCCAAAUGUGUGAGUGUACCUGAGGGGUCUUUUCGUAAAUUGAAUAUCGAUUAAAUUAAAAAUAUAUAUAAAUAUACAUAUAAAUUUAACGAAAGAAAAGCACUAUAUAAAGAAACGACCAACGUACGUUAUAAUGAAAUGGACAAACAAAAAAGUAACCACAAACAAAACAAAAAAAAAACAAUAAAAAAAUUAAAACACAAGAAAACCAAACAAACAAUUAGAAAAAAAUAAUACGAAGCCGAAUUGGCAGCGGCGGAAAUAUAAAUAGUUUUUCGUUCUUUUGUGCGUUCGUGAACUAAGUGAAAAUAAUAAUUAAAAAAAAAAAAAAAAUUAAGUAAAAGAGUUAAACUAACAAAAGGAGAUCAACCACUGCGUAAAUAGUAACAAAAAAAAGAAAUCAUUAACUCCGAAUAUUAGUGUUAUUUAGUGACGUAUUGUAAUUAUUACUGAGUUUUCAUACACGGAGCCAACAAACUAACUAAUGCCUAGAGCAACCAGACAAACGAAAAAUUAAUAGUAAAAUUUUAUGAAAGCUGCACUACACGCGGAAGCCGAAAUACAAAAAGCAAUAGCAACUAUUGCAAUUAUAUUUACUUAAAUAGAAUGUUGACAUAAGAGUACACAUAACCAUAAAAAAAAAUAUAUAUAUAUAUUAUA